AUGUCGUCCGCACACUUCCUCGCCAACCGUCUGUUCAGCGUCAAAGGACUCGUCGCACUCGUCUCGGGUGGAGGAACCGGUAUCGGGUUGAUGGCCACGCAGGCGUUGGCGGCGAACGGAGCCCGCGUCUACAUUUGUGGGCGGAGGAAGGAGGUCCUUGACAACGUUGUCAAGACGUACUCGAAUGGUAUCGAGGGAGAAAUCAUCGCCCUCCAAGGCGACGUUACGAAGAAGGAGGACGUCAAGCGCCUCGCCGACGAGAUCAAGCAGCGCGAAGGUGGCCUGCACAUCCUCGUCAACAACGCCGGUAUCUCUGGCGAAGUCACCAAGAUGGACGACAAGAUGUCUGUCGAGGAGUUGAGCCAGAAGUUGUGGGACGAGCAGACCGUCGAGGGAUGGGACGACGUCUUCCGCACCAACGUCCACAGCAUCUUCUUCAUGACCGUCGCCUUCCUCCCGCUCCUUCAGAAGUUCACGAACGGCACCGACCCGGCCGGACGCGCGAUCUACGAACGUUACCAGUCGGUAGUGAUUAAUACCACAUCCAUUUCGGGACUUAUCAAGAAGGCGCAGAACCACUUUGCCUACAACGCCUCGAAGGGCGCCGCCAACCACCUCCAGCGCUUGAUGGCGACCGAGUUCGCGCACACUGGCGUGCGCAUCAACUCGAUCGCUCCAGGCGUCUUCCCGUCAGAGAUGACGGCGGGAGACAGCGAUGACAAGAACAAGUCUUCGCUCGAGGACUUUGACCCUUCGUCGCUCGGCGUGCCAGCUGGUCGCGCAGGAAGUGAGGAGGACAUGGGCGGCACGAUCCUUUACCUCGCGUCUCGGGCGGGCCAGUACACCAACGGCGUCAUUCUCCCCGUCGACGGCGGUACGCUGUCGACCAACCCGUCUGCGUACUAG